UAUAAGUAGGUGGCAAUUUUCGGACGGUUGCAGGGGACGAACCAUGCGAAAAAAGAGAUCACGUGGAGCCUGAUGUGCACGCGUCUGCACUGGUCGUCGUCCCAGGAACGUUUCUGAAGCUAUGGAUAGCCUACAAAACAAAACUCGCCAAACAGACCAACCUGUUUCGACUUGCGGAAAUUAGUUUCUUCGGCACCGCGCGCUGCGUGCACUGUUCUAAGCACGUGCACGUGCUUCAUUGUCGCGCGCCGUCGCGCGAGGAGAAGAACGAGAAAAAGCCGUUCCCUUUCAUGCAGCUUUGCGAUGGCCCAUCCACGACAAGGCGCCAAGGUCCGUCGCCAGCCCCUCGAAGUGCGCCAGCCAGGCUCCCCCGCAUUAGGAGCAGGGUCACCGCCGUGGUCCGGCUCCCAGUCACCGCUGGAAGAGUUGGGUUCACCACCAGUCCUUCCGGCUGCCAUCGUUGCCCGCAGGGACCUCUAUAACGUGGCAAGCGCGUACGUAACACCCUCCUCUCAUUCUCGUGUUCCGGCAAGACACCGGCAGGGCGAGGUGAACCGGGCCUCGCCUCCUAUCCGUCCCGCGUCAGGAGCCGGGACGACGGACACGUCGCCUGUGCCACACUCGGGGACCGCUGAGAAUGCGCGGCGUUACGCCGGCUUUCCAGGAGUGCCGGCGUACGUGUUGGCGCCGGAUGUCAUAAUUUUCACCCCUCGCAGGACGUCGCCGCAGUUACAGGCGCGGUCAGCAGAACCGCUCACUGCAGAGCCACCGUCCGACAUUUCUGCUGCUGGCGCCGCAGAGACCACCGGUGACGAGUCGAGCCCAGCUCAGGCGCCCAUAAUACCGUCAUCGGGCGUCGAAAGUAAUUCCGAGGACCAGGCGGGGGGCAGAGCCAGGACUCGCCUCCGGUUCACGCAGGCCUGGGCACUCUGCGUCGUGACUAUCGGCAGGAACACGGCGCGUUCCCGCGCCUUUCCGGUCUCGACAGUUUCGUGGACACGCGUUCCGUCACCGCCGCAUGCGCCAGGAGCUAGCACCAGCUGGCCAGCCCUGCCGUCGAACUGUACCGAAGCACCGCAGCUACGCGUAAACCUGGCCGACUUUCAAUUUCAGCCCGAGGGGUCGUUCCAUCGGACGACGAAUCACACUGUUUUCUGCAUUUACAACGUUACCCGUUUCCUGCCAUUUUUCGAACAAACUGAGCAGACGUAUGCGCCGCAAAACAUGCCUCUCGAGUACUGCCGGAACAUCGUGUACUGGUCCAUGGCAGUGAGAGCUGACCAACCGGAGUCACGGGCCUCGGAGUUCGACGAAAAAUACGGCUUGGCCGUGCUGCGUGAGCUGCUCGAGUCGUCGCGCUCCUCGGGUCCAAAGAAGUUACUCGUGGCCCUCGGCGGGUACCAGAGUGAAAGUGUGCGCUUGACCGAGAUUGCGCGAGACCAGCGAAAGAUGGCCUCGUUCGUGAGGAACGUGAUAGCGGUGCUGAAAAAUCACUCGCUGGACGGCGUCGCCCUGCACUGGGUGCGUCCGGAAGCUGCGUGCCGCCUCCCCGGUCGUGACGAUGACCUGUUCACCGUGUCUGCGAUAGCGGGCGCCAUUUCAAAGGAGCUUUCACCGAACGCCAUCAGCCAAGGACUCGUCGCGCUGAUUUUGCCCGCUGACCGCGCCGUGGCAGGUCCGCUGGUCCAAGGGCUCGUGAACGCGGUCGACUACGUCAUCGUGGAGACGCACUUGCUGCCGUUGCCACGCAAGCCAUCGCGUAAACUAUGCACGGAAAUGGCCGACCAAGCGACCCUUUUCAUCGGGUGGCUUGGUCCUUUGACUCCAGCACAGGAGACGAAGGCAUGCGUUCCAGACCUUAGGUGUGUCAUGGUGUUUGGGGCAAAAUUUUGAUCCCCUCAAUACGUAAAACGAAUUUACAUAUAAGUGAGGGAACCCGCACCACCAAAGGUAUCGCGGGUUUAACGCCAAUCAAAACAAAAUGAAAAGGAGUAGGAAACCCAAAAGGGAUUUUAGCAAGAAAGCCACUUGUGCAGAAUAAAAAAUUGCAAGGAGUAGCUGAAGUACCAAAGUAGAAUUAGUGGUUAACAUAAACAGAUGAUGGCCGAUGAGUAAAACGUCUGCAUUGAGAGGGUAUGUAGCGGAUGGACCAUCCGUACGGUUGGUUUAUUGGUCAAAUAAUAUGCGAGAAGGAGAUGUAAUAAGAAAGAAGGAAGGAAGGAAAAAAAGAAACAACUAGAGGGGAAAACAGAGCAGUGAGAAGAAGAACAAUUAAAUAAAAAUAAAACGUUCUGAAUCUUCGGGUCAUUGCGCUAUGAACAGAGCCCGGUCAGGUUAGGCAUUGUGGGAAGACGAUUGAUGCAGGUUGACGGACUGGCAUGACUCUACGCACCGAAGGUAGAACAGAAAAGCUGGAACUGAGGAAUGUAAGAUAAAUCCGGGGCCCAAAUGACAGAUAGAAAAGAUAAAGAAAAGGCGUGUGGGUGAAAAGAAGUACCAGGGUAGUAAAAGCGAACUGGUGCGUAUAGGUGCAGACGAGAUGCCUGAAGUUGGCAACUAGGGGUAAUGAAAUCAGUCAUUUCGUCUUUAGUGUCCUCGAAGACAAGCUUCACUUUGUAUGGCAUAAA